AUGGCUUUCUACAAAGUGAUGUGUUUGGCUGCUGGGCUGAUGCUCCUGACCCAAGAGUCUGAGUCACAGCUGGAUGUUUGUGGUCAAGCGGCUCUGAACACCAGGAUUGUAGGAGGACAGGUGGCCCCCGAUGGCAGCUGGCCCUGGCAGGUCAGUCUGCAAACAUCUGGGUCCCACUUCUGUGGAGGAUCCCUCAUUAACAGUCAGUGGGUGCUGACUGCUGCUCACUGCUUUCAAACCACCGACCAGAGUGGACUGAGUGUGAAUCUGGGCCGUCAGACUCUACAGGGAUCUAAUCCCAAUGCAGUGUCUCAGACAGUAACACAGAUCAUCAUACAUCCAAACUACAACUCUAAAACCAACGACAACGACAUCUGCCUCCUGCGGCUCUCCUCACCGGUGACUUUCACCAGCUACAUUUCUCCCGUCUGCCUGGCAGCUUCAGACAGCACCUUCUACAGCGGUGUUAACAGCUGGGUCACCGGCUGGGGCAACACUGGAGAAGGAGUGUCGCUUCCUUUUCCACAAAACCUGAUGGAGGUGGAGGUUCCUGUUGUGGGAAACAGGCAGUGUAACUGUGACAAUGGAGUGGGAACAAUCACUGACAACAUGAUCUGUGCCGGGUUAAGUGCAGGAGGAAAGGACUCCUGUCAGGGGGAUUCAGGAGGUCCAAUGGUGAUCAAGCAGAACGGUCGCUGGAUUCAGGCGGGAGUCGUCAGUUUUGGGGAAGGUUGUGCCAGGCCCAAUUUUCCAGGAGUCUACGCCAGAGUAUCCCAGUACCAGACCUGGAUCAACAGCCAGAUCUCCUCCAACCAGCCGGGCUUCAUGACGUUCACGUCCACUGGGACCAACAGUGACCUCAGUGUUACCUGCAAAGGACUGCCACCAGUGCCAACCACCACCCCUACUACCACCACCACCACCACCACCACCCCUACAACCACCACCAGCAAACCAGUGUUCUGUGGACAAGCUCCGAAGAAUUCUGGCAUUUUGGGAGGAACCUCGAUGGCGACAGCCGGCUCGUGGCCGUGGAUGGCGAGUCUGCAGAAGAAUGGAAGUCAUGUGUGCGGUGGGACUCUGGUGGCCUUGGACUCAGUGCUGAGCAACGCCGACUGUUUCUCAAGCUCUCCUGUAGCGUCCGAGUGGACUGUCGUGUUGGGGCGUCUGAAGCUAAAUGGAUCCAACCCCUUUGAGGUGACGCUGAAUGUGACAAAUAUCACUCUGAGCAACACGACCGGGACCAACAUAGCCAUCCUCCGUCUAUCUGCCCAGCCCACCCUGACCGACUACAUCCAGCCCAUCUGCUUGGACAACGGGAGAACCUUCGCCGAGGGCUUGGCGUGCUGGGCGGCCGGUUGGAGUCCUGGAAGAGGAGGAGCUGAGGAAGUUAUGCAGCAGUUCAACACCUCGGUGGUAAACUGUGGGAGCUCAUCAUCGAGUGAGAGCAUCUGUACAGACGUGUUUGCACUGCAGCAGGGUGAUUCUGGCGGCCCGCUGAUGUGUAAGCAGGGCGGCUCUUGGUUCCAGGCGGUCGUUUUAACAGCUCCUGCCAGGAGGAGACGAAGCUCAGUCAUGACCUUCACCAGACUGAGCACUUUUGAUGCCUUUCUGAUGAAGACGCUGGGGACACUCUUGUCUCCAGCCUCCAACACCACCACCAACACCACCACCAACACCACCACAACUACCUCAAGCCCCGUAUCACAAAGCAGCGGGGGUCGUCCUGCUCACUCCUUCAUCUUUGUCCUCUUCCAUCUCCUCAACCUCACCUUUUGUCUCCAACUCUUCCUGUAGAGAGUCUGACUUGAUUGACAUGAUGUGAUGGACAUAAAUGAAUGUGAACAAGCUUCGACUUUACAGACUUUAUACGCUUAAAGCUCUGCCUGCUAAUCUUUGACUUGAUUCUGCCUUAAUCGGUUAUCUACAAAGAGCUCAGUGGUGACGUUUGGGCGGGUUUACUGUCAACCAAUGAAGACUUUAUUGUACCUCUGCCAAGAAAAUGAAACUAGUUGUGCAAUGUGUCCUAUGACUUCAGUGUUUUUACUAUGAAUUCUGACUCAUAUGCUGUGUAUUCUGGAGUUGUUUAUGAUUAUGCUUAGAUUGGACAGAGUUUCUGCCAGAAGACUUGUACGUGUUACUGUUAUACACAUAUCUAUGUAAUGGAAUGAAUACAACAAUGAAAGAUAUGAAGUCUUUGUAUUUUAUCUUUCAUUCUUUUUUUUCUUUUUGUAUUUUUUUCACAGUUUUUCUUGAUUCUGAGAACAAAGUAGAUUAUUACUUGCAACCUCACAGUCACAACAAUAUAAGAAACAUAUUUCUACUUUUCUACCUUGUUUGUUGGAUACAAUGUUAAACACUUAAACAGUAUUUUCUUUGAAAACUGUUAAAUUGCACUGGAAAAGAAAUUGAUGAUUUGAAGGAAAAAUCUUUUGCCAAGCAUUUACCUCAAGAAGCAAAAUAAAAUGUGAAAGUUUUUUAUUUUUUAUUAUUUUCCCAGUUUUGGAGAUAUCAGCUGUAGAGAUGUCUGCCUUCUAUUUACUGUGACUGAUGUGAUGUGGUCAUGAAAAUGAGCCCAUUUAUUCGCAGACCGACUUUGUCUAAUGGCAGCACUUAUGGCAGGUUUUAGUGACAGUGUUGGUCUUCUUAACAAUCUCAUUUUGCAACAAAAAAAUAACUGAAAUGAGAUAAAGGUGUGAUAAAUUACUUUAUAUGUUAUUGCAUUACUCAUUAUAUUACAAAAUGUUAAAAACUGAAAUAACAUUACAUUGUGAAAUGCGCAACUACUCAAAAUAAAGGUGACAGCUAAGCAGGUA